GCCUCGGGCUAUGUUAUGCACACCACAUCUGCGUGUUCUUAAGUCUAAUUAAAUUCACAGCAGUUGGCAGACGUUCAAAAGCAAAAAGCCGCGUCAACACAUGGCGCGACAAACCAAAAGUCAUCUAAGGUCAAUGUUAUCUGAACUUUGAACCCAUGAACUGGAGUUGAACAGGUUGCAGCCAUUCAUACAACGUCUGAAGUACAUUAUACAAUGUCGCGCUCAGCUCAAUGGCUAUGGUUUGACGUAGCAUUCAACUGAAAACGCUUCGGAUUUUUCAGAAAUACUAGUAACGUUAGUAGUUCGUGGAGUUUAGGGACUACAUCAUGAAACAAAACACACCGAGCGCGAGCACGGACGGAGCAGCGCACCAGUGGACGUCUACGAAGCGAAUCUGGAAAAACCUCCUGGUGCUAGCCGUGGUGUUCCUGGUGAACUUCACGGCGUUUCGGGCCCUGCAGAACCUCCAGAGCACGCUGAACAGCGAGGCCGGGCUCGGCGUGGUGUCGUUCAGCUGUGUGUACGCCAGCAUGGUGCUGUCCUGCCUGUACGCGCCAUUUUUCAUUCACAAGGUGGGAUCGUGCAAGUGGACCGUUGUCACCUGUUUGCUCGGGCACGCUUUGUACACAAGUUCAAACUUCUACCCGUCUUGGUAUACUCUGGUGCCGUCCUCCGUCUUGCUUGGCGCCAGUUCUGGUCCACUGUGGACGGCUCAGAGCACGUACCUGGCAAACUCUGCUCAGGAAUAUGCCAACAUAUUACAGCACGGUACAGAGGGUGCCAUGGCCAAGUUCAACGGCGUGUUCUAUUUUCUCUUUGAUUUGUCUGGCAUCAGCGGCAACCUUAUUUCUUCCCUGGUACUCUCUACGGGAAGACAGGACAUCGGGAAGGGAGAGUUCUGUGGCGCGAGGGACUGCGGCAUCCGUCCUGAAAACAACUGGACUACCCAUUAUUACCUCACUAACUCAACAAACAUGUCGUACAAUUCGACAGGUUUUCAAUUAGACGGCAAACAGCAGGUGAUCGUGUACACACUGUUUGGCAUCUAUCUAAGCUGCAACAUUUUCGCAAUUCUUAUUGCAUGUCUUUUUCUUGAUAAGGAUGCCCAGAGGAAACCAACAAGACUGGCCUCGGAGCCAAUGCAGAUGUCACAACAUUUGAUACGUACGUUGAAAGUGUUUAAGGACUUCCGGUUCGUGUUGUUGACCCCUCUGAUCUUCAUGUUUGGGAUGUCGUACGCCACGGUAGCUGGGGACUACUCUAAGUCGUACGUGAGUUGCGUGCUCGGCGUUCAGGCAGUCGGGUACGUCCUGCUGUGCUACCGGGUCACCAGCAGUGUGUUCUCCCUGCUGUCCGGCCACGUGAACAGGUACGUGGGCACCCGGAGUCUCCUCAUCGCCGCAGCGGUCGCCAUGGUCGCCCUGCUGGGUUACAUGUUGUGGUGGCAGCCUGUGGAGUCGGCGGUCGCCAGUAUUUACCUGGUGGCUGGAGGAUGGGGUGCGACGCUGGCCGUCUGGCAGACUCAGCUGGACGCUCUGAUUGGCGUCCUGUUUCUCAACAACAAGGAGGCUGCGUUCGCCGGCAUGAAGAUGACCCACGCCCUGGGAAGCGCCAUGACGUUUGCGUACAGCAGCGCCGUCUGUACUGGUGUCAAACUCUUCAUCCUGCUGGCCGUACUGGCCGCGGGACUGGUAGGGUACGGGGUCUUAGAGUGGAAAACUCGCAAGGAGGCACGUAACAACAGUCAUAUUAACAGUUUAGAAGAAUUAGGAGACCAGAAUAGAAACAGUCAGACAUUGCUGGACGUAGACGUACUUGUGGAAAGAGAGACAUCCUUAUAGUCGAUAUAUCGUAAGAAUGGAUGGUUUAUUACGGUUAGCCUAGACUUGUAGGGUACGGGGUCUUAGAGUGGAAAACUCGCAAGGAGGCACGUAACAACGAUCAUACUCGGAGUUUAGAAGAAUUGGGAGACCAGAAUAGAAAUAGUCAGACAUUGCUGGACGUAGACGUACCUGUGGAAAGAGAGACAUCCUUAUAGUCGGUAUAUCGUAAGGGUUGGUGGUUUGUUACAGGUUAUAAUCGAUUUGCUUCUGUUUCCAAUAAACAAAAAAAAGGUUGCGAAAGUACUGUAAAUCAUACAAAGAUGUUACAGAAUAAGCAAGCGUAUGCAGUAAAUUGCAAAAUCAUAUCUGCAAACGGAUACUAAUGUUGUGGAAUACCAA